GCCUUUGUUACCCGGAAGGGAACGCUGCCGCCACCGCCAGCUCCGCCCGCUUCGGUUGGUCCCGGUUGCCAUGGCGCUCUCCCCGUACGUGCAGUCUAUGCAGGAGCUGUUCCGGGCCAACACGCGCAUCCGCGAGUUCCCCGCGCACGUGGCCAAGGUCCACUCGGUGGCUUGGAGCUGCUGCGGCCGCCGCCUCGCUUCCGGCUCCUUCGACAAGACCGCCAGCGUCUUCGUGCUCGACAAGGACCGGCUGGUGAAGGAGAAUAAUUACCGUGGCCAUGGAGACAGUGUGGACCAGUUGUGCUGGCACCCCAGUAACCCGGACUUAUUUGUCACUGCAUCUGGAGACAAAACCAUCCGUAUAUGGGAUGUUCGCACUACAAAAUGUAUUGCCUCAGUGAAUACCAAGGGAGAGAAUAUUAACAUUUGUUGGAGCCCCGACGGACAGACUAUUGCAGUAGGGAACAAGGAUGAUGUGGUCACUUUCAUUGAUGCUAAAACAUAUCGGUCCAAAGCUGAGGAACAGUUCAAGUUUGAGGUGAAUGAGAUCUCUUGGAACAAUGACAACAACAUGUUCUUCCUCACCAAUGGCAACGGUUGCAUCAACAUCCUCAGCUACCCAGAGCUGAAGCUCAUCCAGUCAAUUAAUGCCCAUCCUUCAAACUGCAUCUGUAUAAAAUUUGACCCAACGGGCAAGUAUUUUGCUACAGGAAGUGCUGAUGCAUUGGUUAGCCUCUGGGAUGUGGAUGAGCUUGUAUGCGUGCGAUGCUUUUCUAGGCUCGACUGGCCUGUGAGGACAUUGAGUUUCAGCCAUGAUGGGAAGAUGCUGGCUUCAGCCUCUGAAGAUCACUUCAUUGACAUUGCUGAGGUAGAAACAGGCGAGAAACUGUGGGAAGUGCAGUGCGAGUCUUCAACGUUCACUGUGGCUUGGCAUCCAAAACGGCCCCUGUUGGCCUUCGCCUGCGAUGACAAAGAUGGCAAAUAUGAUAGCAGCAGAGAAGCUGGAACUGUGAAGCUCUUUGGUCUUCCCAAUGACUCAUAAGAGAAACCUCCCGGGGACUGUAUUUGUAACCUGGUAUUCCUAGUCAAGGCCACGUAUGCAUUGCUUCUCUCUUUCCAAUUUUUGAGCAGGAGCAGCACCAUGGCUUGACAUUCCCAUGCCUAGAAAGCUUUCUUUUUGAAGUUUUUGUAAAAUGCCCAACCAUUCUAAAAGGCACAGAGGCUGACUAAAUUCUCCAAUUUCUAGGCCAUUAAUUGUUUUUUACUGCAAAGACAUAGCUGCCAAUUUCUCCCUUUUUUUAAGGGAAAUUCCCUUAUGCUGAAUAGGCUUCCUCGCGAGAAAAGGGAAAACUUGGCAGCUACGCUGCAAAGAGGAAGCUGCAGCUGCCAAUGGAUUUGAGUGUCUUGUGUGCUGUGCGUGAAAUUAGGAAAACAAUCCCUGCCUUCUAGUUUCUCAGGAUGUAGCAGGCAGUCCUUCUAAAUCCGUGUGACUGUGCCAUUGUCAUGACUUGUGGCCUCCCUUAAAGAUGGAAAGACUGGGGAAUAUGCUUGUUUUCUGUUGUCACAUUUGGAAUCCUCCUUUCCCUUUGGAGGAAUUGGCAUCUGCCUCCUUUGGAGGUUGUGUGUGUAUCUUUCAUUCCUUUUGCACCUUAGGGUAAUGAAAGGAGAAGGGAUCGGGAAUAGGGUUAUUUUUUGUUUGAACCUGUUCUUGUAUUUUGGAUAAUUUGUUUCAGUAAAUAAAAACAUAAAACCUG